CCCCCUGAUGUCAAAGAAGACGACGAAAGUGAAAUUCAAGCAGAAGAUCAGAAGCCAACAGAUGAUUCUUCCAAAGACAGUGAUAAAGAUAGCAUAAAACAAGAUAGUGCAAAAGAAGAAAGUGGGAAAGAAGAAAGUGGGAAAGAUGAAAGCGAAGAUGAGAAUGAAGAAGUGGGUCUUCUUGAUAGGCCAGUUGAGGUAACUGGUUGUCGAGCAAGAAAAAAAGUUGAACGCCUUGAGAUAAGUUUUGCGACUUCCAAGGAAAAACAAGAAAUUCCUGUAGGUAAAGGACAAAAGCUUGGAGAAUGUCCACGAAUUGAAUUCCAGAUACAAAGAAACAAGUUGCCAGAUUUGAAACCAUUACACAAAAUCCUGUUCAACAGAGUGGGAUCUGGCAAUGAAAUAAAGAAAAACAUUCGAAAGUUUUGUGGAUUUACUUUUGAAAAGAAUUCCCAGGAAUAUGAACGUAAAAAAGCAGUUGUUGAAAAGUUAACUGCAGCUAUUCUCAAACAUGUUUGUGAAGUCCUAGAUUUGGAGCGUUCUGGAACCAAGGAAGAAAUAGUCUUGAGAAUAUUGGAAUUCUUGUUGAAUCCGAAAGAUUCUGGGAAAAAAGUGCCAUCAAAAAAGAAAUUGUCUUCUGGGCAUGAAAAGAGGAAAAGCAAGGAAAAAAAGUCGAAGAAUAGUGAAAAGAAAGUAAAAACCAAGAAAGAAGUAUCUGAUGAUGAUGAUGACGAUGAUGAAGAACCUGAAAGCCCUGAUAGUGCUGCUGAUGUUAGUGAAGAUGCCAGUGAAGAAGAUGUUGAUGACAGUGAUGAUGAACCCAAAAAGAAAUCAAAAAAUACUUCAAAAACAAAGGAAACAUCUGGAAAAGGUAAAGCUAAAAAAAAUGAGAAGGUUGCAAACAAAAUCAAGAAGGAAGAGAAGAGAACUGUAGGAAAGGGUUCAAAAAGAAAGCAUGAUGAUGAUUCUGAUGCCAGUUCUGAAGAUGAACCUAUUCAGAAAAAGAGUAAAAUGCCUACUGACGAUGAUAUCAAGACUUUAGUAAGGCAGAUACUUGAUGAAGCAGAUCUACAAGAAAUAACUAUGAAAAAAGUAAUCAAACAGGUUUCAGAUGCGUAUCCUGAUUGUGAUUUGAGUCAUAAGAAAGCGUUCAUCAAAACAACAAUCAAAUCAGUUAUUUCGUGACUUCUCGGAGAAGUUCUGUUUGAGCUGUGUAAAUCAAUGUUUCUGCAAUCCACCUCUGAACAUCUGUCGUUCUUUUAUUCGGCAAACAUAUGCAUCUCAUUUUAAUAUAGUGUAGGCUAAUUUGAAUAUGAACUUCUCUCAGAAAGUGUUAUGUUAUCAUAUAUUUAUGUAGUCUAGUAUGUGCAGACAAGAAUUAUGCAUAGAAUGUCAGUCUUCAUUCAUACAAAGGAAACUAGGAUGUGGGUUUAAGAAUGUGCUUUAUGUGACAUGUAAACAAAUAAAGAUAUUUAUUUUUUUGAAAGACAAUUACUACCAUGUAAUAAAGUAAUGUUUUUAGUUCUUUCCUUCUAAAAAAAAGGGAGGGCCGCUGGAAGAUAAGUUUUUUUGGAGGGUCUUAUUUUUGAGUACUGUACAGUAAUUUUGAGUAAUUAUCCUGUUCUUAUUAAAUAACUACUAUUUUCUGAAUACUCACAUGUGCAGAUAGUGUAAACAUUUUUUAUUGUUUUCACAAGAGACCUGAUUUGGUCAUUCAGAUAAUACUAAUAGAAGACAGUACUUGAACAUUACAAAAUAAUAAUUUAUUUUAAAAUAAUCCCAGAAGCUUCAGUCAUUCUUUACACUUCAACAUCGUAAACAAAACUAACAGUCUUUUCCUACAGCAGAGAUGUACCCUCUAACAAUGAUAAAAAUCAAUCGUUUGUGAGAUUUUACAACUCUUUCCACCUGAUCAUGUUUCAAAAAUUAGCACUAUUUCAGCACACGAGGGGGGGGGGAAUUCAAAUCUAGCAGGCAACUUACAUAUUAAGUACAUUUACCUGAUGUAAACAUAAACAGCAAAAGGGAAACUCUAUAAAAUUAACAAAUGUAGUUAACAGUUCAAAAGCUGUUCAAUAAGUAAAUAUAAAAUUGAAUUA